AUGGAAGAUGUGAAGACCUUCGUUCAUCAGCGUGGGCAGGUAAGGGGUAAGGUUACCGCAAUCUUCAACACGUUGGAGAGAGCAGAGGACGACCCCUCCCAGGAGGUGCUGAGGCUUGUUCCUCCGGCCAAACUCGAUGAACAGGAUGAAAAGUUGAACGAGUUUGAUCGGAUUCAUACGGAUGCUCUUGUUCGUUUGGAAGGCUUAAUGGAAGCCUUUCAAAAGAAUCCUCGUGAUUCUAAUGUUGGUCAACCACAAACCGAUUCAUCCAGAAUCAUCAUCCAACAAGCACCGCUUAAAGCUCCCAUCCCAACAUUCGAUGGGAAAUAUGAAAAUUGGCCUCGUUUCAAGGCGAUGUUUGAAGACAUCGUCGGCAAGGGAUCGGAUUCCGAUUCCAUCAAACUACACCAUCUUGAAAAGUCGUUGAUUGGUGCCGCAUCCGGGAUCAUUGGUUCCAAAACGUUGGCGGACAACAAUUAUAAGCAUGCGUGGACGAUCUUAACCGAACGACGGUUACUGAAGGAUCCCGAGCUUCGUCUGCAGUACUCUAAUUUCAUCGAAGAGUACAAAUCUCUCGGCCACUGCAAAGAAGUGGUUGAGGCGCACGAUGUCCCUGGACAAUUGAAGUACUACAUGCCGCAUCACGCCGUUUACAGGCCGUCGAGCACAAGCACAAAAUUAAGAGUGGUGUUUGAUGCGUCGGCGAAACCGCCGUCUGGAGUGUCUCUCAACGAUGUGUUGAAGAUAGGCCCCGUCGUUCAGAACGACUUGAUGUCAAUUCUAUUGAGAUUUCGUAAAAAUCCUUUCGUCUUUACCGCUGAUAUUCAAAAAAUGUAUCGGCAGAUUUUGAUUGAUCCUGAACAGACCUCGUUGCAGAGAAUUUUCUGGCGGUCCAACCCAACGGAUCCCGUCAAGGUUCUCGAGUUAGUGACUGUUACGUACGGUACUUCUGCUGCUCCGUUCUUGGCAACUAGGUCGCUUGUUCAACUUAGUGUUGAUGAAGGAGCCGAUUUCCCUCUUGCAGCUCGCGUGAUACAAGAGGACUGCUAUGUUGAUGAUGUGUUGUCGGGAGCGAAAACCAUUCAAGAAGCCAUUGAAUGUCGUCAACAGCUCCAAACGUUACUAGCCAGGGGUGGUUUUCCGGUGCAUAAGUGGUGCGCCAACGAUGAAACGAUUCUUCAGGAUGUCCCUGAGGAUGAGCGCGAGAAACUAGUUCUCCUUGAUGAUCUGUCGGCAAAUGAGGUGAUGAAGACUCUCGGAUUAACGUGGAAUCCGAGGAGCGAUGAGUUUCUUUUCUGUCAGUCUGCUUCGUCCGAAGAUUCAGCUGUGACGAAGCGCCAGCUAUUCUCUGAAGUAGCGAAAAUGUUUGACCCGCUAGGCCUACUCGCCCCAAUUACCGUUCUAGCUAAGCGUUUGAUGCAGCAAACCUGGGCUGAUAAAAUAGACUGGGAUGAGUCUCUUUCUGACGACCUCCUAAGAGACUGGUUACGCCUUCGUAAUUCGCUCGUAGCCGUUCGUGACAUUAAAAUUCCGAGACCAGUAACCGGUCCCGCGUAUGAGUCUCUUGAACUACACGGGUUCGCAGACGCUUCAGGAAUAGCGUACGGUGCCUGCCUGUAUGUUCGCAGUAUUCUCCCAAAUGAUCGCUGUGUCGUCAGGUUGUUGUGCAGCAAGUCUAAGAUUGCCCCUCUUCAAGAGUUGACGAUUCCUCGAAAGGAACUGUGUGCAGCCGUGCUGCUGUCUAGGUUGGUCAAGAAGGUUCAAUCGACUUUGGAAGUUCAGUUCUCCUCCGUUUCUCUUUGGUCGGACAGUCAGAUUGUCCUCUCGUGGUUGCAAAAGGCGCCAGCGAAAUUGCAGCCAUUCGUUCAGAAUCGUGUGGUAGAGAUAUCUGUUGAAGGCUAG